AGCUGACACAAUUCCUCAAUUUUGGAAUGACUCUGCUUUACCUCUUUUUAGAAUUUCUUCUUUCUGCGUGAGUGUGUGUGUGUUGUUUUAGUAUGAGGCUCCCUUCCCACCUCAGUCAUUGGUUUGCUCGCUCCCUUAUGUGAUGAAUCAAUGCUUUCAGAACAGGGGCUUCUGAGUGACUGCGGGAACAAUUACUUCCAAAUGACCUCGUGCAUCUUAUCAGGGAGCAUUCAGACCACACCCCAGGUCUCUGCUGGUGGUUCUGAAGCCAAACCUCUGAUCUUCACAUUUGUCCCCACUGUCAGAAGACUACCAACCCAUACUCAGUUGGCUGACACCUCUAAAUUCCUUGUUAAAAUUCCAGAAGAAUCAAGUGAUAAGAGUCCAGAAACUGUAAAUAGGUCUAAAUCCAAUGACCACUUGACGUUGAAUGCUGGGAGCCAACAAGAGAGAGACCAAGCGAAAUUGACUUGUCCUUCAGAGGUCAGUGGAACGAUUUUACAAGGAAGGGAAUUCGAAGCAAACAAACUUCAAGGGAUGCAGCAAAGUGACCUCUUCAAAGCUGAAUAUGUCCUUAUUGUGGACUCCGAAGGGGAAGAUGAGGCUACAAGCAGAAAAGUUGAACAAGGCCCCCCAGCGGGGAUUGGCACCGCAGCUGUCCGGCCCAAGUCUCUAGCAAUCUCGUCCAGUCUGGUCUCUGAUGUAGUGCGUCCCAAAACACAGGGAACAGAUCUCAAGACCUCAUCACAUCCUGAAAUGCUUCAUGGGAUGGCCCCUCAGCAAAAGCAUGGGCAGUUAACUUCUUCUCCCACUACCUCUGAGCAGCUUGCCUGUAAACCACCUGCUUUCUCCUUUGUUUCUCCAACUAAUCUGAACGCACCACCCGACCCAGUUAACCUCGAGGGAGCCUCUGUCCUAGAGGAGUUCCACACUAGGAGGCUGGAUGUCGGUGGGGCCGUGGUGGAAGAAUCAGCUACGUAUUUUCAAACUACCGCUCACUCUACACCCUUUUCUGCAUCGAAGGGCACCUCCUCGACGUUACUGUUUCCCCAUUCCACUCAACUAUCAGGUUCUAAUUUACCCAGUUCAACUGCAGCAGAUCCAAAGCCUGGACUGACCUCUGAAGUUCUCAAGAAGACAACUUUAACCUCGCAUGUCCUUAGUCGCGGAGAAAGUCCGAGAACCUCUUCUUCUCCACCGUCCUCCAGUGCUUCUCUGAAGUCGAAUUCAGCCUCGUACAUACCAGUCCGCAUUGUCACGCAUUCACUCUCUCCGAGCCCCAAACCAUUUACCUCCUCUUUCCACGGCUCUUCUUCCACCAUCUGCAGCCAAAUGUCAUCUAGUGGAAAUCUUUCAAAGUCAGGGGUAAAAUCCCCGGUGCCUUCCCGGCUUGCCCUUCUCACUGCCAUUCUCAAGUCAAACCCUUCCCACCAAAGACCCUUUUCCCCUGCAUCCUGUCCCACCUUCUCUCUCAACUCCCCGGCCUCUUCCACGCUCACACUUGAUCAAAAAGCAAAGCAGACCCCACCCACGCCUAAAAAAUCUCUCUCAAGUUGUUCCCUGAGAGCCGGGUCACCAGAUCAAGGGGAACUCCAGGUUUCUGAAUUGACCCAGCAAUCUUUUCACCUGCCUGUUUUCACCGAGUCUGCUACGCUUUCUCAGGCGCCCUCCCUCUCUCCUACAAAACAGGCUAGCAGCAGCCUUGCUUCCAUGAAUGUAGAGAGAACACCAUCACCUACUUUGAAGAGCAAUACCAUGCUCUCCCUGCUACAAACCAGUACAUCCAGUUCUGUGGGUCUUCCUCCUGUUCCACCAAGCUCUUCUCUUUCCUCUUUGAAGAGUAAACAGGAUGGUGACCUCAGGGGUCCAGAAAACCCCAGAAACAUUCACACGUACCCUUCUACAUUAGCCUCCUCUGCAUUAUCUUCUCUAUCUCCUCCUAUUAAUCAAAGAGCUACGUUCUCUUCUUCAGAGAAAUGUUUCCAUCCUUCCCCAGCUCUUUCAAGCCUGAUAAACAGAUCUAAAAGAGCGUCAUCCCAACUAUCUGGCCAGGAGCUGAAUCCUUCAGCUCUUCCUUCACUCCCUGUCUCCAGUGCUAACUUUGCCUCUCUUCCCAACUUGAGGUCCUCCUCUCUCCCUCAUGCCAAUCUGCCCACCCUGGUGCCCCAGCUCAGUCCCUCAGCUCUGCACCCACAUUGCGGCAGUGGUACCUUGCCUUCAAGACUUGGGAAAUCUGAAAGCGCCACCCCCAACCACAGGUCACCUGUUUCAACCCCAUCACUUCCCAUAUCUCUAACAAGGACAGAGGAGCUGAUUUCACCUUGUGCAUUGUCCAUGUCAACAGGCCCAGAAAAUAAGAAAUCAAAGCAAUACAAGACCAAGUCAAGCUACAAGGCUUUUGCAGCAAUCCCUACAAACACAUUGCUUUUGGAACAGAAGGCACUAGAUGAACCAGCCAAGACUGAAAGUGUCUCCAAGGACAACACAUUAGAACCACCAGUGGAGCUCUAUUUUCCUGCACAGCUCAGGCAGCAAACUGAAGAGCUCUGUGCUACCAUUGAUAAGGUCUUACAGGAUUCCUUGUCUAUGCAUUCUUCUGAUUCUCCUUCAAGGUCCCCAAAGACAUUGUUGGGUUCUGACACAGUCAAAACUCCUACAACUCUUCCAAGAGCAGCUGGUCGAGAAACCAAAUAUGCAAAUCUCUCCUCACCAUCUUCUACAGUAUCUGAGAGUCAGCUGACUAAGCCUGGAGUAAUUCGCCCAGUACCUGUAAAAUCCAGAAUAUUACUGAAAAAAGAGGACGAAGUCUAUGAACCCAACCCUUUCAGUAAAUACUUGGAAGAUAACAGCGACCUCUUUUCUGAACAGGAUGUAACAGUCCCUCCCAAGCCUGUCUCGCUCCAUCCUUUAUAUCAGACUAAACUCUAUCCUCCUGCUAAGUCACUGCUGCAUCCACAGACCCUCUCACAUGCUGACUGUCUUGCCCCAGGACCCUUCAGUCAUCUGUCCUUCUCCUUGAGUGAUGAACAGGAGAAUUCUCAUACCCUCCUCAGUCACAACGCAUGCAACAAGCUGAGUCAUCCAAUGGUGGCUAUUCCUGAACAUGAAGCUCUUGAUUCCAAAGAGCAAUGAAGUUGGCGCAGAGGCUGAAAACACAGGCUGCUGAAGUUUUUUGGAAUGCUGGUGCUAACCACUUGCUAGAUUUAACUUUUUUUUUUUUUUCCAGAAUGAGUGCUCCCUUUAUGAGCUGCAGUGCAGCAGAACCAAAAAAAAGUUUGCUGCAGUUAUAUAGCAUCACAGUGCUCUGCUAACAGCCAGCAUAGGAGAGAUUUACCUACAGCUUUUUGCACCACUGUUCAAGCCUUUAAUGCCUUCUACUUAAUAUUAAGCUGACCGCAAUACUAACGUGCCCCUAUAUUUAGCAGCCGAAUAAAGAAGAAUCGUGGGUAAAUAGAAGAAUGGCUGUGACUAUUUUUCAAUACAAAUUUUAUUUAAUGCAUACAUUUCUAACUGAGUCAGGUUUUUAUUCCCCUUUUACUUCACUUUUUUACAUGAAAAAAAUCACAACUUUUAAAGUAACUAAUUAGCUUUCAGAAGAUGCUGAUAUUCAGAGGUUCUCUGGUGAGAUCUUGAACAUGAGAAAGUUGGUAUUUUGUAUAACACAUAUUGCUUUCCUGUUCUGUUGGGAUUCGGUGCUGCUGGGACAGACUAUAUGCCAGGAGCAGCCCAGUGCUGAUGAACAUCGCGUUACUGGAGUGUCUGUGUCUGGGAUACCACUGUCUCUCUGCCUGUCACAUGAUUCUUGUGAAGACUACUUUAGAGUUAGUUUGUAUCCAAAAUCCUGAGAGCAGCAGAGACCAUAGAGAAAACCCAUACUUGAUGACAGUCCUGAGAGCCCCCUAGAGGCACAUCAUGUGCCCACCAUGUUGGCCAUCUUCAAUUUAUUUCCCAGUUGUCAUCCCCAGCAGUCUGUCCUAGCCCCCUCUAAGUGAUUUCCUUCUUCUGCUCAUAUGGGAAGCCUAGGAUAACACACGUUAAGAAAGAACAGGAGUCUGGACAGUGAGCCCCUGAUGGUAAAGCAGUCUUGGGAAAACUGGCUUCAUUCACUCUUUGCACAUUGCCCAUGUUCUCUGUGGAGCCAGCUCUGAGCCACAGUGCCCCUAAAUCAAGCUUCGUCACCCAGUCCCAUCACCCAAACUCUAGCAGGGAGAGUGACCAAUAGAAGAGCAACUAGGCUCCUUCAUUCUCCAAUAGCCAUUUUAGAACGUUCCAAUUUCAGCUAUUAUUUGACAACUGGAAAUAAAAACUUCUCGAUGUCUCCUUUGUUGGUGUUAGAGAAGCAAAGGAGACUCAAUAAAGCCCUCUGCUCAUCUCUCCUUCCCCCCAAAAAAACCAUUUCUCCAUCAACCUGAUAAAUUGUGUGAAGCAUCACUUUAGAUUAUUAAUAAUGAUCUCUAACAUUCACUGUGCUCUUAUCCUGAGCAAUGCACCACACCAAGUGCUUUACAUGAAUUUAAUUUAACCUCCACAAUGAGCCUGUGAUGUUGGUAAUAUUAUUAUCCAUAUUUUAUUUUUGUGAGAACAGGUUCCUCCAAAUGGUUAAAUUAAGCUAGUAAGUGGCAGCGGCAGAAUUCAAGUCCAAGUAAUCUGAUUCUAAGACCAAGCCAUUUACUCAAUCAUUUGUGUAGUUAUUUACGCAGUCAUUUUUGGAUCUCCAGUGCAAAAGGGUGACUUGAUUACACUCCUCAGCUCAUGGCAGAUUUCUAUCAUAAAUUUGGGCAAGCCCCCCUCAUGUAUGCUUGUUGAUUAAUGAUCAUCAUUUAUAAGAAUUUCUAUCUUCCCUUCUCUGCUGUAUGCACACAUUCUUAUUUAUUUAAUGUAUACCUUUUGCUCAUAUAUGUUUUGAAGAUGUACAUUGUUUUGUCUGCAUAUAUAUUUAAUAAAUAUAAAUGGUAUUGCUUA